UCCGCACGCGCGAGGAGUGGGGAGAAGAGAGAGAGAGAGAAAGAGAGAGAGAGAGAGAGAGGAGGAAAGAGAGAGGGGAGAGAGUGAAACGAGUUAGCGACCGGAGAAGAGCUGUUCUGGUCUUCCAGCCGCAGCUUUUAAAAACAUAUCUGAGCAAUUUUAUUUUUAUUUUAUUUUUUAUGUAUUUAUUUUAAAUGAACUGUGAUGACGUUUUGGCUGAGUUUGUGAUAUUCGAGCUGGGGUUUGAAGUCCUGCGAAGGUCUCGAGAGGUUUCUUGGACUAAACUGUCCCGACCUUUAACCAAGCGCUGCAACUCUGCUGCCAUACUCCUUCCCGCUUCUUUGAGCGGCACCCAAAUGUUUGUUUAUUUGUUUGGGGUGGUUUUUUGGUCAAAAAUCGUCAAGUCGUUGACUCACCUGUGUUUGGAUUGCUACUUUUGAGCAGAAAGACCCCUUUAAAACUGCUCGUUUCGCCUUUCUGUUCCUCUCCUUUCCCUCUGGAGCUGAAGGGGCAACAGCGGUUUGGCUGUGGCACGCGGUGUAAAACAAAAAAAACAAAAAAAAAGAGGGGGGAAGAGUCUCGCGACGGGAGGAGCUGUCCGGUGCUGAAAGCACGAGCCUGGACGUUAGGAAGUGUUUGUUGGGAGCUGUCCGCGUGCUGAAGACCAGCAGUUUGUUAGAACGAGACCAUAAUCUUUCUUUUAGAAGCAACGGAUUUAAGCACGGCACGACGGACGUUUUUAACGGAGCAGCCAUACAGAAACUGACUUAUAUUCUUUUAUUUUUCAGCCUUUAGGACUCCACAGGUCUUCCAGUGGCAAGUUAACGGGAUGAAAACAGAUCGCUUUCUCCACGAGAUCCGGCUAUUACUUGCAGACAUAGCCUGUAUUUGACAAACUACCGCAAAAUAAAUAAUAAUAAUACAUUAAUAUUAUGUGUGGUAAACAUGCAGAAGCACACGAGGAGAGCUCGGUUUCUUUGAUCUUUAAAAGCCAUGUCUCCACUUUUCCAAGGUGUUUGACGGAAGGCAGCAAGCGUAGCUUUAGUGGCUGAAUUAAAAUAAAUAAAUAAAAUUACACGGUUAAAAUAAAAAUCAGCUGAUAGGUUGUGAGUUUAGACUGAAGUGGGAUAGAAAAGCUUGUGUUUGUCGUGCAAGUGUAGGAGCCAUCAUGCCUCGGUCUUUCUUAGUGAAGAAAGUCAAGCUGGACGACUAUUCGGCUGCCGAUCUGGAGAGCUCGUAUGGUCACAGCCGAAGAGAAGAGCUCAGUCUGCGAUUCCAUCAUCAUGACAAAGGCUACGUCAGUGAUUAUCUGAGUCCUAAUCCUUACGACGAUGUGGUUGGUAGCGAUUCAUCAGUCAUCUCUAAAGUACCCUCCCCGAGCCACUCAUCGGUCAUCUAUGGCCGCAUCAACAACACAUAUUCUGGCAUCCAUGGUGAUAUCCAUGGCGAUUCGGACCAGCCAGACAGUCCCCGGUCCGAAGUUUCGUCAUCAGCCGGGGGAUACAUCAACGGCGACACAGCUGUGAGUGAAGGAUACAGCGUGGAUGCGUUUUUCAUCAUGGACGGACGAUCACGAAGGAAAACCACGGGAACCCUGAGGGGAACUGCCCAGCGGCACACCUGCAGUGAGUGUGGUAAAACCUACGCCACAUCCUCCAACCUGAGCCGGCACAAGCAGACGCACAGGAGCAUAGACAGCAAGAUGGCUAAGAAGUGCCCCACAUGUGGGAAAGUGUACGUCUCCAUGCCAGCGAUGGCUAUGCACCUCCUGACCCACGACCUCAAGCACAAGUGCGACGUGUGCGGCAAAGCGUUCAGCCGGCCGUGGCUGCUGCAGGGCCACAUGCGCUCGCACACGGGGGAGAAGCCGUUUGGGUGUGCGCACUGUGGCAAAGCGUUUGCUGACCGGUCUAACCUGCGUGCUCACAUGCAGACACACUCAGCCUUCAAGCACUAUAAGUGCAAACGAUGCAACAAGACGUUUGCACUCAAGAGUUACCUGAACAAGCACUAUGAGUCGGCGUGUUUCAAGGGGGCGUUCUCCCCUCUGAGCUCCCUGGGAGAAUGACUGGGGUGGUUUUAAUUUGUUUACAUGCAAUUUUCCUGGCCUCAUUCCCUACUUUUAUUUCUUUCCCCCAAAAAGCAGAAUCUGAGUGUUACAAGGUAGGAGUGUUUUCUCUGCAAGAAUCACGAGGUAUAUGACAAAAAUAGAUUGAAGGCAUCCGUUCCUAUCAAGAACCCUCCAAUCUGUCCUUUGUUUUAUCUUCCCUCAUCUGAGAGUGGAGUGAAAAGUUUUCAAUGCCUAAUUUAGACUGUCACCUGCGUCGAUAAGUUACUUCCCGUUGAGGCUUUUUGAAAUAUCUGUGAAGAUAAAUAAAGCACAGCACAUCUAGCUCAUCAUUUUUGAAGAUACCUAGAUCUAUUUAUGUCCAUAUCUACCCUCAGCAUUCUGUUAUUUUUUUUGUUUUCCCAAUCCACCAGGAAAUGACACUAAAGCACAACUCAUCUCCAAUCUCCAAGCAUGAAUCACAUCAUCGGUUUUCUUCCAGUGAGAUUCAAUGAGCUUUCAAGUUUUAUGCGUUUCUAAAAACAGACCUUCAUAAUCUAAGGAUACAUGUGGUGUCCUGCUUUUACUGAGACCGACCUUGGACUGAGCUUACAAAGAUAAAGCAUCAAAACAAGGAAAGCACACAGCGUUUCUCCUGUGCAAGUAAACAAGAUACUUGUAAUGAUAUUUAUUUAUACAACCGGACACCCGCAGUAUACAGUGUCUGUAUACGUGGCUUCUGACAUUACCACAAUGAACUGUGAAGAAAAGACACACCUGUCACAAUGUGGUAGUACAGGCAGUACACCUGUGUGGUGAGAAAUGACGUAUUUUUAAAAACCGUGGACAAAAGAGCUCUUUUCUUUACUUCUAAGUAAUGUUGGGAUAUGCGCUUACUUAACCGCAAACAGUGGACCGUUAUGAGUUCCAGUUCAGGAUCAGAUGGCUAAAAACUCCCACUGAGCCACCAGGGUAUUCCUUAACAGUUUUGCUAUAACCUAAAUCUGAUGUUAUUAUUAUUAUUAUUAUUUUUUAAUUUGUCAGUGUUGGAUGGGGAUGGAGACAUUAAAAAUGUCCUGGAUUUCCUCAAAAGGUCAAACCUUUUUCCAGUGUUGUAUAAUAGUUUAGUUGCAUCAAGAAGCACAGCAUUCAUCUUUGAGGUUUUUAUCUUUUUUUAAAAAGAUGUGUCUAUUUAUGAUUUAUGUAUUUAUGCAUUUAUUUACAUAUGCAUUUACAUUUGUAUUGAUUUGCACUUUACUUUGUUUUGUUUUUUUUUGUUACAAAUAUGCCAAAGCAUUUGACACUUUCUAAUUAAUGAAUAUCUUUUUACUUUUGUCAGCCACUUUAAUUAUUUAAACUAAUGCAUGCAAAAAAAAAAAAAAGAGAGGAAAAAAAAUAAUAGCCUAAUAAUGGAAUCUAUGCCAAUUUUAUGAAUCUUUUUUGGAUAUUUUUCCAAACCUCUUAGAUAACAGGCAAAACCGAACAAAUUUCUGUCUUGGGCAAUAUUUCGUUGAUAUCCGAUAGAGCAAUAAUGCAUGAUAUUUUUGAAGACACGUGAGUCAUAACUGCUUGUAACAUCUUGAUUUUUUUUUCUUCAAAUGCCACUAUUCUAUGUAGUUACGAGAAAUGACAUUUCAGGGAGUUAGCGAACCAAGUUAGUGUUAAAUAAUGGCGGGUUGGGUUUGGAGCUCUAAAUUUACAGGGACUGUGAUGCCGCUGUGACAGCCGGUCAGAAAGACCAAAUUGGAGUGAGCAGGGAGUCUGUUUUUCAAACUCAGCUGCUUUGGUACACAGUGUGGAAAACGUUGCCUCCUAGUUACAAUUUUAUAUUGGUAUCAUUAUAAUCUUAUAGACAGUUGUGUCUGUAUGAGUAUUAGCAGCUGCUGGGGCUUCCUGGGGUUCACACAGGUGGUUCUACUCCUUUAGACAGAGGGCUCUGGGUUGGGUCGGGAUGGGUCUUUUUGUACAUGGUUUAUGCACUGCCUGCCUCGUAUUAUUAUUCUAAAAUAUCGUAGAGAGUAGAAGGUACUGCUGUAGGCCUCUGGUGCUGAAACAUGGACGAAACGCAAACCCUGAACAGUUAAAACUGUGGCCACUCUUCUGCCUUGGUAGCAUAUUGGAAUUGUUUAAGAUGUGAAACAACAGCUGUGCUGCUGAACCGGCUUCUCUUUUAUCCUCACUAGUCCUUGAACACAGCCAGAGUUUCUUCCUAUAAGUUGGUCACAAUUAUUGUGCUCUCUUCUCAGUAUUUUUUUUAAAUCCAAUCAGAAGAUCAGUUUUGCUCGAGGGCUUUACAUGAAAACACCAAACUCCAUUUGAAGACUCAAAGGCUCUUCCUGAUUUCAGGUUGUUUUUCUUUUCAUCAUCUCUGGCUGUUGUGAAUUUAAUGUGGCAGUUCUCGAUGUGAUUCUGACUUUUGUUGAGAACGAAGAGGAGACAUUUGGUCAAUAUUUCAGCACCAGAGUGCAUCGCCGAACACUUAGAUUCUACUAUGAACUACUGUAGCCUACUAUAGCCACAAGCUAGUUUACCUAUUCUUAUAUAAAAGCACUUCCUCUUAUGAAUUAUAACCUAAAACCUUUUCUUUCAAAGAUAGUAGCACAAUGAAAGAGUUUAGAUUCAGGUAGACGAUGCCUUGUAUGUAGAAAUAACCUCUUUCUCAUUUUUCUACUACAAUGAUUCAAAGAUAGAAACGGCAACAAAUAUGCCGAUGUAACACAGGCUGUUGUCCUACACCACAAAAUACUGUUAAAAAUGACACUUUCAGUAUGUGUUGUGUCAUUUUUCUUAAUAUAUUUGUGAACGCAACUACACCACACCUUUUUUAGAGUAAAUAAAAACCUAACUAUUUUGCAGCAAGAGGCCUUGUAAAUAAGCACUGAUGUGACUUUGGAGUCUGAUUAUUUCUACAGAACUGUAACGAGUGAUGAUGAUGAUGAUGAUGAUGAUGAUGAUGAUAAUGAUGAAGGGGAGAAUGAUGAAUUCUUUUGGAGCUUCCUGCUUUGUUUUGAGUUCUUCCUCUGAGGUUUUUUUUUAGAGACCUCAAAUGGCCGGUUUGAAACCAUGUAAAGCACAAAGACAACACUGGGCAUUUUGUUUCACUUCCUAAAUAAAAAAAUACUUUAAAAACAA